AUGUCUGGACAGGGUCUAUCUCCCUGGGUUCGGAUCGCCAACUGGAAGGUAACACCACCAACGCGGCUCGAUAUCUUGCGCUGCUUGCUAACCUUCGCAGGCAUCCGUUUGGUCGAUCCGACCUCUCACUGGCCAUGCGAUGUACCCAAAGGCUCGAAACUUGCUCUACGCAGCUUUGUGAAUCCGUCACUCAUCCCACUACACGCGCGAGCGGGUCCCAAUCUCGAGUUACACACAAUCCACGCCGGCACGUCACAAUGGCUUCAGACCAAGCUUACCGGCGCUAUCUGGCUGGGCGAAAACGAAUUAGACCUCCACCAGUCAUUACAGUGUCCAGUCGGCCUGCUAGUUAGUGUAGAUGGCACUCCGGUUAAGAAGACCGGCGUGGUCACGUCAGAUUUCUUGAUCUAUGGCGUAUUAUCCAGCGCGACAUCUUGUGCACGCCCACCCACUCCACCACAUUCGUCGCCAUCUGAGAUCAAUGGCCAAGUGAUUCCACCACCCAACAAGCCGUAUGAGCUGAGGAUCUAUGCGGCACCACUCUCAACCUCUCUCCUCGCUCAAGCACAAGCCUUCCCAUCUCCACCACAAAGCUGCGACGGCGAACAAGCCUCCACACAGGCCGAAUUUCUUCCAGAUAUCAGCUCGCCCAGCCCUAAGAGGAAACGGGUCGCAACUCUCUUCGAAGUCGCAGCACAGCACCACCGGCGUGUACGGCAACGAGGCGGCGAGGCCGUCUCCCAACUAAUGGCAACAUCACGACCAUUAUCAUCAUCACAGAACCUCCAAUCUCUCCGCGUGAAGCGUGAACCCGAAGAUGACACGCCAAGUCUUCCAUCACUCGACCGAGUCGCUGCACACAGGUCACGCUCUGUAUCCAUCGGCGCGAACAUGCACCGUCCAGGUAGCAGACUCGGUGCGCGAGGAACUCCAGGUGUAAAUGCCGACCCUCAAAAGCGAGCACCAACACCAAACCCUUUCCUCGACUCCACCUCACGUCGCGGGCUGCAGCAGACCCAAAUACCGUCAGGACUCUCCGUCUCGCUCGAUGAUACAGCGAUGCCCAGCUCCCCACCCAAAAGCAUUGAAGCCAUUAUUGCAGAGAACAAGAAUCUCAUCACGAGAACCAUCCUCACAGCUAUGCGUCUCUAUGGUUUCCAUCGCUCAAACACGCGAGCCUCAACCAAGCUCGCUUCUGGAGACGAUCCUGAAGGGUCAAAUGCAACACCAGCGCCAGAGACAUUGCGCGCGGAGACACCAGCACCAGGUGCUUCUGCAGACGAUGAUGAGUUCAAGUCUAUGUACCACGCAACCUACAAAGCAGCAGCCUUUGCACUGCGCAGGUAUCUCAAAGAGUCUGCGGGGUCACCACCUGUGUUACUAGAGAAGAACAAAACCAUGACUUGUAUCGACGAGCUACUGAGACUUUUCUGCGAGGAUCAUUGA